CGGGCGGUGGAGGUGAGCAGAUUAUGACUACUUCAAUUCCGUUUACAGAGUGAGAAGAUUAUUAUCAAUUCCUGGUUAUCAUGGCUCAAGACAGGUGGGGAUGGAUGGCAUGGCAUGGCUGUUUCUACUCUUGUGGAAUGGUCCCAUCCAGCCUUGUCUACCAUGCAUGUCCCCCCACCCAUGAUUUUAUUCCAAUUUCCAACUCAUCACUCAACUUACCCACUUACUCUUACAUGUACUCAUGACGCUGCACACCACUGCGACAUGAAAUCUUGAAUAGCCGACAAUCUCCCCCCUCCUCUCAGUAACAGACAGGUUGUGUGUGAUGUGUUGCUGCUUCUAAACGAGAUGCGUUGAUAUUCCAGCCCUCCCCCUCCGAAUAUCGAUAGUCUUUCACCAUCUCCUCCCGGGGAUAGUGUCGCUUAUUGUCCAUCUAUCUAUAUUCGACUCUCGCCAAUCACCGCCAAGAUGGACAUGGACAUGUCAAUGUCGGGCAUGGGCCACAUGUCCAUGGGGGCUGGCGUGCCCGGUUUCUUCUAUCUCCAGAAAAUGUACUGGGUGGUCAUAGGCAGUGCGAUCGCCGCAGGUACCGUGGUGAAUCUGCUCAACCGCUACCUCGCCUACCAAAGACUUCGGGAUACCUCCCUCACUCCGUCCAAGCCCAAGUCACUAUUCUUCAACACAUAUGCCACUCUCACGGCAAUUGUCCGCGAGGCAAGUUAUGCGACGCUGCCUCCCGUAUCGAUCCGCAGCCAUACCUUCCACUUCGCGCCAUUGGGGCCAGUGGCUGUUGUUUUGGCUAAUCUGGUUGUCGUACUUGUCUUCUGCUUCUACAAGCUGGAUACCACGGAUCAAUGGAGCUGGGAGGAUGUGGGCUACCGGACCGGAUUCGUUGCCAUCGCGCAGUUGCCCCUGAUCUUCCUGCUAGCCGGGAGGCAGAAUCUCAUCGGUGCCCUGGUAGGCAUGAGCUACGAACGGCUGAAUUGGUAUCAUCGCUGGGUGGCCCGAACGCUCUGGCUGACGGCCACGAUCCACAUGGCCUUCUGGUUCCGCGACUGGGGUCGCUACAACUAUAUCUCCUACGAAAUCAAGAACUACCCAUUGAUUGCUCGAGGACUAGCCGCGUGGGUCAUUUUGACCUGGAUUGUGAUCACCUCCGCCGCCCCGAUCCGGAGGUUUGGAUAUGAGUUCUUUGUCCUGCAACAUCUGGUCACGUUUGUUGGUUUCAUCGCGGCCGUCUGGCUGCAUGCACCGGCGGAGGUCAAGGUCUGGGUCUGGAUUCCGAUAGGGUUCCUCGUCUUCGAUCGCGUGGCGCGCUAUAUCUGGGCCACAUAUAUCAAUCUGUCGAUCUUCCAUCGCUCGAAAUCUCCAAGCCAUGCCCUCUGGGCCAACAGAGCGACUUUCACGCCUCUACCGGGCAACGUCACGCGCGUCACGAUUGAGAAUCCCGGGGUUAGCUGGAAGCCAGGCCAACAUGUCUUUCUCACAUGCCAUUCGAUCGCUCCGCUCCAAAGCCACCCUUUCACCAUCGCAUCUAUCACUGAAGAUAACAAGCUCGAAGUCUUCGUCCGCGCCGAGAAAGGGGGAACCCGUCGGUUCUUCCGCUACGCGUCGAAGCGCCACCAUGUGCUUGGGACCGGAGAGACCGCAUCCACUAAACAGACGCGAACGGUCUUCCUUGAAGGGCCGUAUGGUCAGAUGAGGCCGCUGCAGCAGUUCGACAGUGUCAUCCUCCUAGCGGGCGGGAUGGGCGUGACCUAUACCAUCCCGUGCUUGCGAGACAUUGUGGCCAAAUGGAAGAAAGACUGCGCUCAACGUGACGCUUCGCCCAGGCACCUCGCGGCCACCAAGCGAAUCCGAUUCGUGUUGGUGAUCAAAUCACGCACCCAGCUCAGCUGGUUUGAGAGCCAGCUGCAGUCCGUCCUGGCCGACGCGGAAGAGUGCCAACGUGCCAACGCCGACCUCAUCCGCGAGAUCGAGUUGAGCAUCUACAUCACCUGCGACGAGAAGCUGGAGCAGCCGACGCAAGCCACCCUCUGCGCACAGACGCCUUCCACCGCCGUGGCCCAGUCCCGCUCAUCCAUGGAAACGACCGACGAGAAAUACACCGAGAAGAUCGUGGAAAAGGAUGCUCUCUCUACCAAUGACACCGGCUGUCUACCCGGCGGAGGCUGCUGCUGCACGGCAGCCAUCGAGGAUGAAGAUAUGAUCACAAGCAAGUGUACCUGCUCGGGACACGCCGCGACAGCUGCUGCACCGUCAGGGUCCGAGAAAGCCGCGGGCCCGCCAGGAUCCCCGGAUACGAAACCGGCACCCACCACCCGCCCCCUCACGAUUCUGUCUGGUCGGCCUCAGGUCCGGACUAUUAUCCGCAAGGUCCUCGAGCGGGCGGAGGGGGAGAGCGCCGUGGUGGUCUGUGGGCCGCAGGGGCUGUCGGACGAUACGCGGCGCAGCGUGGUGUCGCUGAGCGACGAGCGAGCCGUGCACAAGGGGACUGGCGCCCAGGGGAUAUAUUUGCAUAUAGAGCAAUUUGGGUGGUAGAGCAUUUUUGGUGGUAAAUGAUGUAUAUACGAUAAUGAUAGAUACCAUGAUUGUUUGUUGAUAUGUUGAAGCGCAGGAUAUUUGGCUUCCCGCAAGUACUCUGAAGAAAAACAAUGGCCAGUGGGACUACAGGUGCAGCUCUCUACUAGCACUAGCUAUUCGCAGAGCCAAUACCCGGAGGUUACCACCAGAACUCUCAAUGCAAAUAAACAAGGCCUAGAAUAUAAGAACCAAACAAUGCAAAUGCAAAUGCAAACGCAACAAUCAAUUGUAUGAGUAUCAAUCACAGCCAUCGAUCGUGGUAAAGAUGACUCAGUCCCCC